UCUCGCGCCUCGUUCUCGCGAGAAGUCGGCGAGAGGUCGGCGGUUGGGCCGGUGUUCUCGGGGAGGAGGCCAGAAGCGCCUGGGAGUCGGGCCUGGACGGCUAACCGGGAGGCUACGCAGCCGCAGCGGAGCGACAUGGCGGAGACGGACCCCAAGACCGUGCAGGACCUCACGGCCGUGGUGCAGACCCUCCUGCAACAAAUGCAGGACAAGUUCCAGAUCAUGUCGGACCAAAUCAUUGGCAGGAUUGACGACAUGAGUUGCCGCAUCGACGACCUGGAGAAGAACAUCGCGGAUCUCAUGACCCAGGCCGGAGUGGAGGAACUGGAAGGAGGCGAAAACAAGGCGCCCCCCACCAAGACCUCAACCUGCCAAUAAUCUUCGAGGGUCACAGAAAAGAAACCUUUUUACAAGCCUACACUGGUUUCCAGACACCAUUGUUUUUGUUUCCUUUUAUUUUUCCAAUAACUAGUGUGUAAAAGCAUUUUUUCUACAGCGGUAGAACUUGUGUUCUUAAUGUAUCUUGUAUAACUAGAUUUGGAACAGUUUCUAUUCUGACUUCUUGUGCGUUGUGACUUUCACACACUUUUUGGAAUUGACACGUUCUAUACUAAUUUCAAUUAUUAAAACAUAAUUUGAUAGCUUGAGGGGUCAGCUACAGUGCUAACGCUCUAAAAGUGGACUUUUGUGAGAAUUUGGAUGUAAAAAAACGUUCCUUUUCCUGGUCCUUUUUUAUUUUUGUAAUUCCUUUUACUUAGUGGGUCGAAAGUGUUGUGCUUUCUGUCAGCCUAUUUUGUGCACAAGGAUGAAAAUGUGUUGUGAGUCAUUUACAGAUCUCUUGCUCUGUUAGUAAUAAGUUAAACGUUGGAAACAAUCCAUUUUGGAUACCUUGAGCUGUAUCUCUCCUUCGUUUUCUAUUAUUGAUUUGAGGAAGUUGAUAAUUGAAAAAAAUUUGAACAGUAAAUCAUGUUAAAGUAAACUCUCAACAAUAUCGGCCUGCAAACGGGAUUUUGUUAUUGGGUGGGUAUCGCUUAAGCAGGACCCCUGAUAGUUCUAAGUAUAGAGACCAAUUCCUUGGAUUUAUAAUAAAAUGCACAAUUUCUUUCAAAGAUGA